CCUCCGCCUCCGCUCCAUGAAAGCCACCUGCAGAAACUAGGUCACUAGAGCAUCUGCGCCUCUUCCCCUUCGCCGGCAAGCUACGGUUAAAGCAGAGAAAUUUUCCGAUAUUCUGCGCAAUAUUCUGUAAUCGUUGUGCGUCGCCAAUAUCAACAGUCCUACAUGGAAUACGUAAGCCACGACGGUCUCCGUAUCGAUGGUCGCCGCCCCACGGAAAUGAGGCAGCUUCGUGCACAGAUUGGUAACGUGUCCAAAGCUGAUGGUUCUGCUGUUUUCGAGAUGGGUAACACCAAAGUCAUUGCUGCAGUUUAUGGUCCUAGAGAGGUUCAAAAUAAGAGCCAGCAAAUCAGUGAUCAUGCAUUGGUGCGCUGUGAAUAUAGUAUGGCUAAUUUCAGUACUGGAGAUCGCAUGAGAAAACCAAAGGGUGACAGGCGAUCAACUGAGAUAUCUCUAGUCAUCCGCCAGACUAUGGAAGCGUGCAUAUUGACUCAUUUAAUGCCACGAUCUCAGAUCGAUAUUUUUGUGCAAGUUCUUCAAGCAGAUGGAGGUGAGUUGGAAUUCAUCUCCAGAACUAGAUCUGCUUGUAUCAAUGCUGCAACUUUAGCACUUGCAGAUGCUGGAAUCCCAAUGCGUGAUAUUGUUACUUCUUGCAGUGCUGGAUAUCUAAAUAGCACUCCUUUGCUUGAUUUGAAUUACACUGAAGACAGUGCAGGAGGCCCUGAUGUCACCGUAGGAAUUUUACCCAAGUUGGACCAAGUGACCCUUCUUCAGAUGGAUGCGAAGUUGCCGGUGGAUAUCUUUGAAAAUGUUAUGCAACUUGCAAUUGAAGGCUGCAAGGCAAUAGAAAACUACAUUCGAGAAGUAUUACUAGAGAAUACCAAGCAACUAGAGUAUCGCCGAGGUUUAUAAUUUACAUCCAGCCACGCAGAAUGGUUUCCAAAGACUUCUUCAUGUUCAAGUGUAGUGAGUGCUACAUCACAUGAUUCCACAGGUUGUAGAAAUUUUUGGAGGUCAAUCAGCCUUUGCUUACUUGAGACUACCAUUCUGCAAAAUCAAACAUGUAUCAAGAGAAUACUAUUUGCCAUGCUACUCAAUCAUUCCAAGGAUCAUGGAAACUCAAAUUUCUCCUCUCUCUCUCUCCUUUUUUUUUUUUUUUUGGUUCUUCCUUUCCUUUCUAAAGCUGCAGUAGAGAGAUCUGUAUCAAAAUGCUCAUUAGAAGCAAUAGUUAAUUAAUCAAUUUAUAAUGGAGAAUUUAUUUCUUAUAAUUGAUGCGGUUGUGCACCAUCUUUUUAAUACUUGAAGGACACUGUUCUAUACUU